CGCUGAACGUCAUUUGUCUGCUCGUACGCGAUAAGAGCUUGCUAUUCCUUACAACUUAUUCGUUCAGAGCACUGAAGUUUGAACACAUUUUUUUAGGCUUUGUUACUGAUUGGUUCGAACAAAGAUGCACCACUGGAUCCCAGAUGUUGUGCAGCUUAUCUUCGAAUAUGUUUAUGAUCCCAUCCGCGAAGAAGAGGAUAGCGAGGGUCGGGUCACUGUUGCUGGUUUAGCACGAACGUGCCGAGCAUUUAAAGACCCUGCCCAGGACAUCCUAUGGGCUCAGCUCCACUCUUUGGAGGCACUCGUCCUCUGUUCUGGUGGGAGGCGGGAUGCAAAUAGCCAAUUAAUCUGGGAUCGUCCAGCGUAUGAUGCGGACUGGCGCAAUCUCGCGCAAUUCGGAAAACGUGUCCGCACGCUCACAAUUCCACCUCAAUCAAAUAUACGGGACAUCAGUACCAUGCAACUUCUGAGCUGUUUUCCUCUUCCAGGACCCAUUCUUCCGAACCUCACAAGGUUGAAUUGGUUGUCCGAUCGUGAAGACUUCUUCCCUUUCUUACGCCGUUUCUGUGGGCCCAAUUUGACGGCCCUCAGCCUUUCGCCCAUCUCGUGGAGUGUCCGCAAGUGUGCCACCGUUGCAUCGCUUGCACCAUCGUGUCCUUUGCUGAAGGAAUUCAGAUGCGUUGACGCAGAAGAUUCGUCGAUGCAAGCGAUCAGCGAGGCAGUUGUGGGCUGGAAUGAGCUUCAAGUGUUGCAGGUCGGCCUUUUAGAUAAACAUGCUUUGACCCACGCCGGCUCUUUGUCGACGCUUCAAGAGUUGCACUUUUCUGUUACAGAUGAUAUCAGAUACCCGAUGUUGGAAUUUUGCUCCCCCCAUGCUUCGAUGACGAUCUCAACACAGUCACCUUCAUCUAUUCAUGCAUUCAUCCAAAAUGUUCAUUUAUCGACUCAACGUCUGCACCUUUGCUGCGGGCACUAUGAUGGAUUGUUCCCCCAACUUUUCUUCGAGCGCCUAAAAUCAUGCUUCAGGAAUCCCGAGGAGCUUCUAGAGCUGGGGCUCGUGAAAACCAUACGCCACAACAGAUCAAUGAUUAUCAACUCUCGCAUGUUGCAUCCGCUGGUAUCAUUCAAGGGACUCAACUCCUUAAACCUUGCGGACCUAUGCACCGCGCAUAUUGAUGACGCCUUCCUCAAAGAGAUGGCCAUGUCUUGUGUACACCUACAGGAACUUCACCUAGGCGACAAGGGUCGCUGGCCCACUGCCCCGCUGGCAACCUUUGAUGGAGUCGUAUCUCUUAUCAAACACUGCCGUCAGCUCUCCUCUCUAGGAAUUUUCUUCAAUGCCACUUUCGAAAGUGACAUCAUAGAUGUGCUCCAAACCGAUGCCAUUAAUCUAAAUAUCAGAAAUUUUUCCGUCGGUGCAUCCCCCAUCGAUGAUCCUAUGAAGGUCACGGUAGUGCUGUCUUUGUUGAUUCCUAAUGCAAUUCACAUAGAUCAUUGCACACGAGAGUUUGAGUUUCUGGAGCUUCCGGCCAUGGAGGGACAGUGGGACACAGUAAAUGCGUGGUUCAAGCCAUUUGUCUCAGCUCGGAAGCACAGUUGGGAGCAAGGCUGGUUGGAGGGGAAGAUGGUGGUCGAGAAGAAUGAAUAGUAUAAGAAUUAUCUUGAUCAGGCAUAUGUUUUCUGUAUCAAUAAAGGUCUGUGAGAUCGUAUUAUUAUGUUAGGUACAACCCCAUCUCUUAGACCCAACCUUGCGGGU